AAAUUGCUUUGUGCAUUAUAAUUAAUCUGUUUCUUCAGAUUGAUUCUGAAAGAGAUUAUGGCUCCAAAAUACGUCGUCGUUCCGAUCUGUUCAUCACUAAUCCUCUUGUUGACAUUGCUUUCAGUUCCAUUGGUGUCCAAAGCUGAGCUUUAUGCACAUUAUUAUGACCAAACAUGUCCUCAGUUGGAGAAAAUCAUAUCAGAAGCAGUCCUCAAUGCUUCAAAAUAUGACCCAAAAGUGCCUGCUCGUAUACUCAGGAUGUUCUUUCAUGACUGUUUCAUCAGGGGUUGUGAUGCAUCGAUACUUUUGGACUCAACUCCAAUGAACAAAGCAGAGAAAGAUGGCCCCCCAAAUGUGUCAGUCCGAUCAUUCUACGUCAUCGACGAAGCCAAAGCCAAGCUUGAAAAGGCAUGCCCUCGUACAGUUUCAUGUGCUGAUAUUCUCGCCAUUGCAGCAAGAGAUGUGGUAGUCCAGUCUGGGGGUCCAUAUUGGGAGGUUCUAAAAGGAAGGAAAGAUGGAAGAGUGUCAAAAGCAUCUGAUACGAGGAACCUGCCAGCUCCAUCUUCAAACGUCACCCAACUCAUUCAGAGCUUCGCUGCGAGAGGAUUGGACGUCAAAGAUAUGGUCACUCUCUCAGGUGGUCACACUCUGGGAUUCUCACACUGUUCUUCAUUCGAAGCUCGCCUCAAAAAUUUCAGUCUGCUACAUGACGUUGAUCCCACUUUGAACACUGAGUUUGCCAAAGAUCUGAAGAAGAAAUGCCCAGCAACCCCAUUUAGGGACCAUAAUGCUGGACACUUCUUGGACUCCACAGCUUCGGUGUUUGAUAAUGACUACUACAAGAGAUUGAUUGCUGGGAAAGGUGUGUUUUUGUCAGAUCAAUCACUUGUUGGAGAUUGGAGGACCAGGUGGAUUGUUGAAGCUUUUGCUUAUGAUCAGAGUUUGUUCUUCAAGGAGUUUUCUGCUUCCAUGUUGAAACUCGGAAAUGUGGGUGUCUCUACAAAUGGAGAAGUGAGACUUCAUUGCCGGAUUGUGAACUGAGAUUUGAGAGAGAGACAUAAUAACCAGAUUUUACUGUCUUUUUUUCCUUCUACUGCGUAUCCUUGUGGCUUACAACGAUGUCACAAGUAUAACGAUAUUGUUAUUACCCAUGUUUCGAUUAAUGUAAUUUGCUUAAUAAAAGGAAUGAAUUUGAAAUUUUCAAAAAUUUUAAGUUUU